GCUAAUUUCAUCCAAAAGUCAUCUCGGUUUGGUUUAAUAGCAUAAUAUAUUUAUAUUAAUUAUCAUCAUUGUUAUCGUGCAGUACACAUCGAACCGCCGACGGCGGCAAAAGUGAAAUGAUUUCUAAGCGGAUAUUGAUAUUGACCAUCGCGAUAGUCUGUUUGGCCCAAGUGAGUUAUUGGAAUUUUUCCUAUUUGAAAUGUUUCUCGUCAUUAAAAUACGGCACGUAACGUAUUUUCUGCACCAAAUACAUGUGAUCUUCAUGAGGUUUUUAAUUUUGUUUGUAUUUCCAAUAAAUUUUCGUUGAAGUUGCAAAUUUUUAAGGAGUGGUUUUUAUCGAAAAUAUGGAUACAUUUUUUAGUUUUUUUUUUUUUAAUUACAUAGUACUAAAAAGUGGUCAUUAAUAAUUUGAUGAUUAAAUAUUUAUUAAAAAAAAUUAUUAAAUAUUAACGCAUCAAUAUAAUAUAAAAAUUAGUCAGCAAAAUUCGGAUUUGAAUAGAAACCAUAUUUUUUUUCUUGCUUCUUUCAGUAAUAUUUAUUAAUUAGGUAAUUUAAAUAAUAUCGAUUUGUUAUCGAAUAAAAAUCAUUUUUAAAAUCAAGUCUUUAUUACCGUUCCGUUUAUCCGUUUAUCACUUGUUCACUACAGUUUUUAAACUAUUUCUAAUGGUAUUCAUUAUGUAUUCAUAAUAUAACAGUAAAAUUAUAUUAUGCAGAUUUUUAACCCAACUUAACUAUUCACACCGUGUAUUUAAAUGGAAGUCUAAUGUGUUGACGUCUGCAAACAAACAUAUUAAUAGAUAAUAUUAUUGUUUUCCCGUGGAAAUCUGAAAAAGAAAUGAGUAUUACGAUAUUAUGGAUUUUAAUUCAUAAUUUUCUGUUUGAAAAUUUAGUUUAUAGUUUGUCCGGCAGUCCAAGAGAAAAAACCAACCCCGUCUAAAAUUGGGGCAACAAAACCCACCUCACCCAGAAACGUUGCGGCCACACCUACCACAUCUAAAGUCCCUGCGCCUAAGCCUACAGCUCCUCCCACACUUCCUUAUGUACCUCCAAAACCUGUUGCAAAAUUCACUCCACCCACAGGCCCUAAAAUAAAUUCUAGACGCGCUGAAGAAGAAGAAGAAGAUGAUGAUUAUGAUGAAGGUCCUCGGCAAAAGUCUUCACAGGUACCUAAUUCAUCUAUCGACAAUCGUUUUAAAAUUCAGGGCGAAUAAAGAGUUUCAGAAUAGUUUUUGGCAAAAACGGUAAUUGAACUUUUUUAUUUUUGAGGAUAACUGAUGAAAUCUCCCGCUGUCAUAUUACUACUAGGUAUUAUGUACACGGUAUAUUUUCGAACAGGAGAUAGACUUAAUAUAUUGUAUGAUGAAAGAAAAUAAAUUUUACUAAAAUAAAUAAAUAUUAUGAAACUUGUAAAUCUUAACAUUUUGUUGUGUACGCAGGAUUUCAGCAUAGAAGAGGAACCAAAGCCAAAACCAGUAUCAUUUAAAAAAAAAGUUUUCCGUCGCAUUGUCUCAAUAUUUUUCCGUGCUUGUAGCUAUUACAAGUCACUUUUUAGAAAAGUCAAAUCUAUUUUUUGAGGUCAGGGAGUCAUUCAUAUUAAUUUUAUUUUUACACUUCCUUUACUUGUUCUUUUUCUCCUUUGCCUUCAUUCCAAUUAUUGAUACGCAAUUUACUGUAAAAAUCAAAAAUAAUCAAAUA